AACAUCUAAUAAUUAAACUCAUAUUUCUUUUAUCUAUUUUUUAUUACUUAUAUUUUUAAAAAAAUGUCAAUUGAUUUCUAUACCUCAACAACACCAAAUGGUUAUAAAGUUGAAAUUUUCUUAAAUGAAGCUAACAUUCAACAUAACUAUCAUGCAAUUAGUCUCCAAAAUGGUGACCAAUUUAAACCAGAUUUUUUAAAAAUCAGUCCAAAUAAUAAAAUUCCAGCCAUCCAAGAUAAUACUGUUAAUCCACCCAUUCCAGUAUUCGAAUCUGCAGCAAUUAUGAUCUAUCUAUCUCAAAAAUAUCAAUUAACAGAACUUUAUCCAGACUAUAAAACCAAUCCAGCUUUAAAUACAUCUGUUAAUGAAUGGUUAUUUUGGCAAAUGUCAGCUCAAGGUCCAAUGAUUGGUCAAUAUAAUUAUUUUAAAAAUAGAGCAACAGAGAAAGUUCCACAUGCAAUUGAAAGAUUUGAAACAGAAGUUAAACGUUUGUAUACCGUUUUAGAAAAACAACUUUCAACUAAUAAAUACGUUGCAGGUGAUCAAUUCACUAUAGCUGAUAUUUGUUCUCUUGGUUGGAGUAUUUAUGCUUUAAAAGGUUACUAUGAAAUUAUUACCAAAGAAACCUACCCAAAUGUUUUCCGUUGGCUUAAUGAAUCAGCUGAAAGACCAUCAGUUAAAAAAGUAUUGGAUAAAAUCCAACCAAAAUAAACACUUUCUGUAAUUUAUAAUAUAGAUUAUAUUAUAAAUUCUAAAAUUAAAAAAAAUAAAAAUAAAAAUUAAUUUCUAUUUUUUCUAAAACCAUUUAAUUAAAAAUAAUAAA